UGCACAUGCGAACACAUCUUCUUUAGGUCCAAACUCUAUCACUUCUUAUCACUCGAAACAAGCCGUGCAGUCUAACACAUUAGACCAGGUUCUGCUUUCAACAGCUCUCGUUGAAGUCUGUAAUAAUAACAAUACAUACAUAGUUGCGCGCGCCCUGCUCGAUAGUGGGAGCCAACGAUGUUUUGUUACAGAAUCGUUAUGUAAAAAAUUACACUUACCUACUAUACAGUCCACUCUCAAUAUAUCGGGGAUAGGUAACAGUGUCAUGUGUUCAGAACAGUCCUGUGACCUUGUCAUACGUUCGAGAUUUAACGAUUUUAGUAGACGUUUAAAUUGUUCCGUUUUACCUAAAAUUACGUUUUGUUUACCAAAUAGUCGUUUAGAUUUCAAUUCGUUUCAAAUCCCGCAAAACGUUAAACUUGCGGACCCAGACUACUAUGUACCCUCUGAAAUAGAUAUUUUGAUCGGAGCGGAUGUGUUCUGGGAUUUAUUACAAGUAGGCUUAAUUCGUUUACCUACCGGGCCUUACCUACAAAACACGCGUUUAGGGUGGGUUAUUUCAGGUACGGUUUUAGGUAAUAAAGCAUACUCUACUAAUAACCAAACUAGUAAUAAUAAUAUUAUCUACUGUUCAUUGUCAACUUCACUCGAAGGUCAGUUGAAACGUUUUUGGGAACUAGAGGAGGUUGACAGUGGCAAGUCGGGUAAUAAUAAUACUUACACCGAAGACGAUAGGUUGUGUGAAGAUCUAUUUACUUCCACCACCAUUCGUGAUUCUGAAGGUAGAUUCGCAGUUCGAAUCCCGUUACGUGAAUCGACUGACUCGCUUGGCGAUUCGUAUGAGUCAGCGAAGAAUAGGUUUCUUUCCUUAGAAAGAAAGUUAGAUCGUGCGCCCGAACUAAAGAGCAUGUACUCCGAUUUUCUUAAGGAGUACCUAGCAUUGGGGCACAUGACGCGUAUUGAUAGAUACCUACCACCGUACUACUUCUUACCACAUCACUGCGUUCAACGGGAAAGUACCACUACAAAGCUUCGCGUAGUUUUCGACGCCGGCGCACAAACAUCGUCAGGAAAGUCGUUGAAUGACCUACAGCUGAUCGGUCCUCCGUUAUUAAACGACUUAGUAGGCAUUCUUCUCCGUUUUCGACAAUAUACUUUCGUUGCAUGCGCUGACGUCGAGAAAAUGUUCCGACAAGUACUCGUGCAGGCCGAACAACGUCAACUUCAGCUCAUUUUAUGGCGGGAUAGUAAACAAGAGCCGUUAGGUAUAUAUCAGUUGAACACCGUGACCUACGGCACCGCCUCAGCUCCGUACCUCGCGAUGAGGUGCUUACGACAGUUAGCGUUCGAAUGCGAUGACGAACUAGUUUCGUCUAAUAUAUUAAAUUCAUUUUAUUGCGACGAUUUGAUAUUUUCUCAUGAUAAUAAGCAGGAGUUGUUGACGUUGUGUGAAAACAUUAACAAGACCUUACUUUCAGGUUGUUUUCCAUUACGCAAAUGGUCGUUUAAUUUUGAUGUCAGUCCGUCGGAUAGUUUCACAAAAUCAUUAUCACUUGACAAGAAUGCGCAAUGUAAAACACUAGGUUUGGGUUGGUGUAAUAGUAGCGAUGAAUUGCAUUUUAAAACUAAUUUAAAUAUCGAUGUUGACGUUUCACAACUAACUAAAAGAAAAAUCCUCUCGUUUAUAUCUCAAAUCUAUGACCCGCUGGGGUUAUUAACGCCAGUUAUAAUUACUACAAAAAUACUUAUACAAAAGUUAUGGCUUUAUAAAAUCGGAUGGGAUGAUCCUGUGUCUUCUGAUUUGGCGUGUUUAUUUAGUAAAAUUGUCAGUUCUUUUCAAUACUUACCUCAAAUACGCGUUCCGCGACACGUUACCACGAAACACGUACAAUACCUACAGUUGCAUAUAUUCACCGAUGCUUCACAGGACGCGUAUGGCGCCUGUGCGUACAUUCGUAGCGUUAGUACAUCUAAUGAACCCGUCGUUAAAUUGUUGUGUGCGAAAAGUAAGGUCGCACCUCUGAAGCCGGUAAGCAUACCGCGACUCGAGUUGUGUGGCGCGCUAGUAGGCGCGCGUCUUUAUAAGAAGAUUAUUGAAUCCAUUAAUUUAACAUUUAAUAAUACGUAUUUUUGGACAGAUUCAACUAUUGUUUUAGGUUGGUUGCGUACUCACCCUAUUGCGUUGAAAACUUUCGUUCAAAAUAGAGUAGUCGAAAUUAAUGACUUGACUUCUGGUUGUACCUGGUCACAUGUAAGCGGCGUACUUAACCCAGCUGAUAUGUUAACUCGCGGGGUAAACUUACCUGAACUAGUCCACAAGGACUUGUGGUGGAACGGUCCCGGGUUCAUUCUCGACGGUAACCUAGAGAAAUAUAACUUACCUGACAUACCUAGUGACUUACCUGAGUUGAAACCUGACAAAGUAGUUGGUUUACAUGCGUCGUGCAAUUCGUUUCCUUUUGACAAAUUUUCUUCUUUCGUUCGUAUGACACGAUGUGUUGCGUAUAUGUUGCGUUUUAUUCACAACACUCGUCAUAAAACUAAUCACAUACAAGGUGCGUUAUCAGUCGAGGAAUUACGUAGAUCUACUAUUCUACUCGCGAGACUAAGUCAAAUAGAUUCAUUCCCGGAUGAGUAUAAGUCCUUAUCGAUUAAAUCGUCAAAUAUAAAAUAUUCGCGUAAUAUGUCGGGACUUAAUUUAUUUUUCUGUGAUGAUUUGGUUAUUAGAGUGGGAGGUAGGUUGGGUAACUCCGAUGAGUUUACCUACGAUAAAAAGCACCCUAUACUAAUCUGUAGUAAACAUAAGUUUACUUCGCUUUUGUUUGAGUUCAAGCAUAAAUACCUACUUCACGCGGGUCCGCAAUCGUUGCUCGCUACCAUCCGCGAAGAAUGGUGGCCACUCGGUGGUAGGAAUUUAGCUAGGUCUACAGUUCAAAGGUGUUUGCGUUGCGUUAGAAUGAAAGGUAAAACGUUAAGCCCAAUAAUGGGCAACUUACCGUCUAGCCGGUUAAAACCGGGUUUUCCGUUCUUGAUCACGGGCACAGACUAUUGCGGUCCUGUUCACAUUUUGAACCGUCAAGGCAAGGGUUCGCGGUUAAUUAAAUGUUAUAUUUGUAUUUUUGUUUGUUUUGCUACUCGAGCGCUCCAUCUCGAACUGGUGACAACUCUGACAACUAAUGGGUAUCUUCUUUGUCUUAAGAGAUUUAUAUCGCGCAGGGGUAAACCUGCUGUCAUUUACUCAGAUAAUGGGAAAAAUUAUGUAGGUGCUGCCAAAGAUUUAGGAGAUUUUCUAGCUAACAAUUCAGCAACGUUGAUGGAUAGCAUGGCUGGGGAUGAAAUUUCUUUUAAAUUUAUUCCUCCCUACUCGCCUCAUUUUGGUGGUUUGUGGGAGGCAGGAGUACGGUCCUGCAAGUAUCACCUGCGACGCGUUGUAGGUAACAGUAACCUCACGUUUGAGGAAUUCUACACGGUAUUGGUACAAGUCGAGGCCGUUCUCAACUCGCGUCCGCUGACACCUCUAUCAAGCGAUCCCAAUGACCUGCUGGCAUUGACACCGGCACACUUUUUGAUUGGUCGUCCACUCACCACACCAAUCUGCGAGGACAUCACUGACGCUGCCACCUACCGCUUGCCGCGAUAUGACCGGAUCGAACAAAUGCGCCAACAUUUUUGGCAGAGAUGGUCAAAGGAAUUCGUUAGUGAACUACAAACUCGCACUAAGUGGCAGAAGAAUAAAGGCGAUUUGAACGAGAACACACUUGUUCUUAUUAAAGAAGAAAACCAGCCCCCACUGAAGUGGCGACUAGGACGAGUGUUGGCGGUACACACCGGUAAAGAUGGCGUCUCUCGAGUGGCCAAAAUCCGGACAGCUUCGGGGGAAAUCUUACGCAGCUUCAGCAAGAUCUGCCCACUGCCUGUCGACAUCACUCCUACUGAAAACCAAGUUUCCAGGGGGGGAGCAUGUUAACGCCGCGAGCCAGCGACGACGCACCGUGCGGGGGCCGGGGGAAAGGGAUGCCGCGACGCCAGCGCGCUGCAUGCGAGCGGCAGCGGCGACACUCGCCGAUCGCAACGGCCGAGCGCAGUCGUGUUUUUUUUAUUUUUAGUUUUGAUUAAUUAUUUUGAUAUUUUUAGUUUAUUAUUCAAUAAAAAAUCACAACCACAA